AUGAUGGCGACCACCGGCAGCGUCCUAUCGCUGCCAUUUCGACGGUCAACCCAUCUCUCAUUAGCCUCCACGAUCCGCCAGUACAUCAAUAGCAAGUAUGACCAGCACCCCGACAUGUUCAAGCGGGACCUCGAGGUCAUUGAUGCCCUUCGUCGAGACGCCGUCAACGUUCGCGAACCGCACCCUAGCGGGGUCAAGAAGCUUCAGGCUUACGCCGGCCAGUUGGCUUGGAUAAGCGGCAAGUUUCCGAUCGAUAUCGGAGCCGAGUUUACGUGGUAUCCUGCGCUUGGGUACAAUACCGAACGGCCCAUGGUGCGAAACAAUAUCAAGUACGAGCUUCUCAACGUGCUGUACAACCUGGCAGCAUUGUAUUCGCAGCUGGCGGUCAAUGCUCCGCGCAACAACGCCGAGGGUAUCAGAUCGGCAGCCAACAACUUCUCCCUCGCCGCCGGCGUACUCUGCCACAUGAAGAAGGAAGUGGUGCCCGAGUUGCGACUGUCGGACCCGCCCGAGGACAUGGACGAGCAGACGUUGGAGUCCUUGAUGCAACUGUGCCUGGCCCAGAGCCAGGAGUGCUUCUGGCAAAAGGCCGUGGUUGACGGGUACAAGGAUGCGUCCAUAGCCAAGCUGGCGGCCAGGGUUUCGGAUUUGUACAAUCUGGCUGGGGAGGCAGCCGUGAAAAGCGAAGCGAUUAGCAGCGCCUGGAUUCAUCACAUGACCGCCAAACACCAUCAUUUUGCCGCCGCCGCGCAAUAUCGAGCUGCUUGCGACUGCUUGGAAAAGAGAAGAUACGGCGAAGAGGUGGCUAGGUUGACGGAUGCGGUUGCUUGCGCUUCGGAGGGCCUGAAGGAGACAAAGGGCGGUUACCUGAACAAGACAGUGGUGGACGACCUUCACGGGCUGAAGAGAAAGGUCGAGGAGGAUCUUAAGCGGGCCGAGAAGGAUAACGACAUGAUCUUUCUAAAUCCCGUUCCUCCCAAAUCGGAGCUCAGAAUCUUGGAGAGGGCAAACAUGGCAGUGGCUCGAGUGCCGCCUCAGGUGGAAAGCCCUUUCGAUUUCUUGGGCGACGGAGCAGAAUUCGGGCCGGCGCUGUUUUCCAAGCUGGUUCCGUUUUCCGUUCACGUCGCAACGUCAAUUUACGAAGAGCGCCGCGACCGCAUGGUGAACCAAAACAUUAUCCAGGAGUUGGAGACUCUCAACGACAGCAUUCACUCUUUGCUGCGCUCAAUCGGCCUUCCCGGAUCACUGCAGGCACUGGAAAAGCCUCUAGGUUUACCUCCAAACUUGGUGCAGCAUGCCGAAGAGCUCAGGCAAGCAGAAGCCAUCGAAAGGCUCCGCAAGUCGUUUGCAGACCUUGAAAAACUGCGAGCAGCCGACGUGGCCAUAUUUGACGAAGGAAAGUCAGCCCUGGCCGCCGAAAACGACGAGGACCAGAAGCUGAGGAGGAAGUACGGCACUGAUCGGUGGAACCGCCCCGAAAGUCAAGGCGAUGCCCAGGGCGGCCAACUCUGGGGACACGCCGCAGGGAUCGAAGAAUACUUCACCAGCAGCGCCAGCAGCGACGAAGUGGUGCGAGAAAAGUACACCGCCAACGAGGAACUGCUGCAUAUUCUGUGCGGCCCCGACAGGGGCCUCUUGGACUUUGUGCCCACCAGUUCCCAGCGGGACACGAACCCUGACCUGAAGCAGUCGGUCGGAAAGCUAAGGAGCGCAUACAACGACAUUCUGAGGCUCGAGAGCAAAAGGCGGAAGAAGAUGGAGGCGUUGCGCCACAACGCGCGCAAGGACGACAUCAAGCCCGACAUCUUGAAGGAGGCAGCCCGUCUGGAGCGGACAUACCCAUCCAUCGCGAUUGUUCCCGCACACUUUGAGGAUUUCUUUGAGAAGAGGCUGGACAGACUGUACGAGCCGGAACUUGAUGCCCUGGAUGGCGAGGCCGCCGAGCAGGACCGACUACUGAAGGAGGUGGAACGCGCCAACAAUGAGUUUGAGGCGCAGAAACGCAGGUGCGGAGACAGGGGAUCACACGAACGGGAAGUGGCGCUACAGAAGCUGGAUGGCGCAUAUUUCAAGUACAAGGAGAUAAUAAACAACCUCGAGGUGGGCAGAAAGUUUUACAACGACUUGAGCAAGAUUGUUGGGCAAGGGUUUCGUGAUGUGGUCAGGGCAUGGGUGGCAGAGAGGCGGAUGGAAGCCAGGGCGUUGGAAGAAGAAAUCAACAUGCCAACCUUGUCUACUCUGAGCCUCUCAAGGAACCAGCCAUCACCGCCGCAGAGCCCGACAACAAAGGCACCGUGCCAGCAAGCGCAAGCGUCUUACUUUGCGGCAGACCCCGUGCCAGCGAGGCUUUCUCGUGCUCCGUCACCGCCACAACAGCAAGCUUUGCAAGCGUCCAGGCAGUUCAUCACCAGCCCUGCCGAGGCGUCGAUCCAAUCAUGGGCAGGAGAUGGCGUUGAGCAGCCGCAGCCAGUGGCACCGCAGAGAACCCCCAUGCCCAUGGCAGCCAUGUGGAAUCCCGCGAUGGGAAUCAAGUUUGGCGGCGGCGGCCCUCCACCGGGGCAGAGUAAGCAGGACGGCGGUUCCACAACCUGGCAUCCCGGCUCGGGGAUCAAGUUUGGCUGA